AUGUCAAAUGCACAAACGGAGCAGUUAAAAAAAUUCGUAUUUUCAUCGAAACGUACCGUUCACGGUGAAUCUCUGGAAGAGAAACUGGAAAUUAUCAUUCCCGAGUUGCUACAAGCGAGCUAUUCCUUCUACACCUGGCCGUCCGCUCCCGUAUUGGCCUGGUUCGUGUGGGAGAAUCGUCAAGAGUUCUACGGAAAGAAAGUCUUAGAACUCGGCUCCGGAACCGCACUACCGGGAAUCGUAGCGGCAAAGUGCGGCGCCCAAGUCACCCUAACUGAAUCCUCGACGUUACCCAAGUCGCUCGCCCACACGAAAAGGAGCUGCCAAGUGAACAACCUCGCUGUCGACAAGCACGUGCGAGUGAUCGGUCUGUCCUGGGGUCUGUUUUCCAAUAACUUGGAUUCAUUGGGACCGGUCGAUUAUAUCCUGGGUUCGGAUUGUUUCUUUGAGCCGGCCACGUUCGAAGACAUCCUCGUCACGAUAUCUUACUUGUUGGAUACCAAUCCGAACGCCAAGUUCUUCUGCACGUACCAGGAGAGAAGCUCCGAUUGGUCCAUCGAGCAUCCGCUGCUCAAGUGGGAUCUGGAGUGCAUCGUGCACAAUAUAAACAACUUGGGUAGCAGCGUGGGUUUGAACAUUCACGAUCUGAUUGGGGGCCACAGCGUACACUUGUUGGAAAUAUCGAGGAAAUCGUAA